GGGUCGUUUAAUGUAUCUAUCACAUUAUAUUGUAUACGCGACUGAUGCUAAACAGUUUUUUUGGGAACUGUCGCCCUCUAGCGAUGAAUGACCAACUGUGUGUUCUGGCAAUUAGCCGCUUACUAGUGCCGUUCUCGAUGUUUCAUGUAGACUGAACAAGAGAAGGAUGUGGUCCUUUUUUGCACGGGAUCCCGUUAAAGAUUUCAACUAUGAAAUUAUACCAGAAAAUCAAGAUAAGUCCGGCAUAUGGACUCUUCAUCGAGGAAAACGCAAGACGACUGCAGAGCCGGUGUCAGUGUUUUUAUACGAAGUGUCCCAAGGAACAGAGGAGCAGACACAACUCGCCAAAGCAGCUUUCAAACGCAUGAAGACACUGAGGCACCCUAACAUCCUGUCCUUCGUAGAUGGAUUAGAGACUGAGAAAAGCUUGUACUUGGUCACAGAGCCAGUGACCCCACUGGCUACACACUUGAAAGCCCAGGCAGAGCGAGGUGGAUCGGGUGAUCUGGAGGUUUCCUGGGGCCUUCAUCAGAUUGUGAAAGCACUGAGUUUUUUGGUGAAUGACUGUCAUCUGCUUCAUAAUAAUGUUGGAAUGUGGGCGAUAUUUGUGGACCGAGCUGGUGAGUGGAAACUGGGAGGGCUGGAUCAUGUGACCUCAGACCAGGGAGAGCCCUCCUCUUUACCACCUGCCAAAGUGGUGAAUCCAGACCUGGAAAAGUAUGACCCCCCAGAAAUGAACAACAGUGGAGGAGAGAAAUGGUCAGGAGAUGUGUGGAGGCUGGGCUGUCUAAUUUGGGAAGUGUUUAAUGGACCUUUGCCUCGUGCCUCAUCUCUACGAUCUCUUGGCAAGAUCCCCAAACAGUUGGUGCCACACUACUGUGAGCUGGUGGGGGCGAACCCAAAGGCUCGGCCCAACCCAGCCCGAUUCCUGCAGAACUGCCGCUCUUCUGGAGGCUUCAUGAGCAACAGCUUUGUGGAGAGUAACCUCUUCCUGGAGCAGAUCCAGAUUAAGGAACCAUCAGAGAAACAGCAGUUUUUCCAGGACCUGAGUGAUAAUCUGGACUCCUUCCCUGAAGAUUUCUGUAAACACAAAGUACUGCCUCAACUCCUCACAGCCUUCGAGUUUGGCAAUGCUGGUGCUGUUGUCCUCACACCACUCUUUAAGGUGGGAAAGUAUUUAUCUGCAGAAGAGUACCAGCAGAAGAUCAUCCCUGUCAUAGUGAAGAUGUUCUCUUCUACUGACCGUGCAAUGAGAAUACGGCUUCUGCAGCAGAUGGAGCAGUUUAUUCAGUAUUUGAAUGAGGCAGCAGUCAAUUCACAAAUCUUUCCCCAUGUAGUUCAUGGUUUUACAGACACAAACCCAGCCAUCAGAGAGCAGACUGUAAAGUCUAUGCUUCUGUUGGCUCCCAAGCUGAACGAGAGCAACCUGAACCAGGAGCUGAUGCGCCACUUUGCAAGAUUGCAGUCGAGGGACGACCAAGGUCCCAUCCGCUGCAACACCACUGUUUGCCUUGGCAAGAUUGCCCCAUAUCUUAAUGCGGGGAUGCGUCAACGGGUGUUGACCUCAGCAUUCUCGCGCGCCACAAAAGACCCAUUUCCAGCAUCGCGGGCGGCUGGUGUGCUGGGCUUUGCUGCCACGCACCAUUACUACAGCAUGAGUGAGUGUGCCUCACGCAUUCUGCCCACCCUCUGCCCACUCACCAUGGACCCUGACAAGAACGUCCGCGACCAGGCAUUUAAAGCCAUUAAGUGCUUCCUGAAUAAGCUGGAGACUGUUUCUGAUGACCCAUCUAAACUAGCUGAAAUGGAGAAGGAUGUUACUUCCUCCGCCCAAGCCAGUGGUUCAGCAGCAACGUGGGCAGGCUGGGCCGUCACGGGGGUCUCCUCUCUCACCUCCAAACUUAUCCGCAAUGCCCCUGCAGACACUGAAGGGGCCAGGACCGAAAACACCCCCAGUGCUCAAGCUCCUGCAGCUACAGAUAUUAAAGCAAAUUCAUCCAGUGCUCCCUCAUCAGCUGUCACUAACCAAUCAGAGACCUCAAAUGUUACCGAGCAGACAGAGGAAGCAGUUGGAGAUCGGUGGGACGAUGAGGAUUGGGGUAGUCUUGAGGACCCUGAGAAAGUACAGACAGACCCAGAUGACUGGAACUCAGACUGGUCCACUAUGUCUUCAACCAAGAAGAAGAGCAGUGUGGGCCGGACCUCCUCUGUGCCCAUGAAAAAGCAGAGUUCUGAUUGGAGCAGCUCUGGCUGGGAUGCCGAUGACAGCUGGUCCAAUGAGAAGGAUGCAGAUGGUCAGGGUCAGAGUUCCCCCGCAGAUGAGGGAUGGGGCAAUGACUGGGAUGAUGAUGGGGGUUUAGCAGAGAGCUUCAUUCCAACACCACGCAACGCUACGGCCUCUUCUUCGGCCUUUGGCUCCAAGAGUGCCAGUGCAGGCUCUGGACAGGAGAGCAUUCGUCUGGCCAGUGAUUAUAACUGGGACAGCGAAGGUGGGAAGGGGACAUCAUCAGACCUAUUUUCAAAUGUGUCUCAGAGAGCAAGCCCUUCAACUGCUUCUAUGGCUGAUGAUGGUUGGGGAACAAGUGCUGCAGGUGAUUGGGGAGCAGAGGAGAACUGGGAAUCACUGGAUAGUGAGCAGGGUCUCAGUAAAGCCGAAUUAGCCAAAAAGAAGCGUGACGAGCGGAGAAAAGAGCUGGAGGCAAAACGGGCAGAGCGAAAGGCAGCCAAAGGCCCUCUUAAACUGGGUGCUCGCAAGCUGGACUGAGAGAGGAAGCUUCUCAAACUCAAAUGAGGCAAGACUGAGGGCCAGGACGGACUGGCAGCAGAGACGGGCAGAAAGAUGCUGAUGAAUGCAUGAUCUUAACCUCACGAGUCGACGAUUCCACUGCACAAGACAUUUCGGAAUUUGGCUGCACUGUGCCCUGGGUCUCAGGAGGUUAAGGAAACAUUCUGUAAUGCCUGGUGGGUGGAGUCAAAGGUACCAGUGCUUUUCUUUCAUUGGCCAUUGGAUGGGGUGGAUUUAAAGAAUUACAUCAUAAUAUUGUUUGCCCUGCUAUCUAGAGUAUUGGACAACACACCCUUAAGUAAUGGUAUUUAUUUCAGCAGGCUGUUAAGAUUAUCAUCAUGGUCCCUUUUAUAUGGAUUACAGUAUCGGUUUAUUACAUGUGCAUGGACACAUUUGUUGGAAAAUGGCACUGGGAAUUAAACACUUUUUAUAUGAAAAAGAUGUGUGUAAUUCAACCUAGAUGGUCCAGUAUGUGUGUAUAUUGAAUAUACACUCAAUACUGUGUAGUUUGGCCCUAAGAAUUCAUUACAAUGGACACCCAAAACUCGGAUCUGCUUCUUAAGUGUUAAGAGGUCAGAAUCCUGACACUUGUUCAUUAUCACAGGUGGACCUACAUAAUUCCAGUGCAUGCACAAACAUUAAAAAACCUAAACAAAAAACAGAUGGGAAAAUAGUUAAGUUCUACAUGUAUAGCUUAUGACAAUGUGAGGGGUUUUCUUUGUGCCUUCUUUUCCUGUCUGUAGGAAUGCUGGGCUGAUAUACUAUGAAUUAAGAUGUUAAAUGACCCCCCCCCCCCCCCUGUUUUUAUAUAAUUGUAUUUUAUUAGAUGCCUUUGGUCUGAAUGUCAAGUUUAUGAUCUGGUGCAAUAUCUUUAGAAUAAUGUAUUACAUUACACACAUGAGAAUAAAACCUUAAAACCUAA